AAAGGGCUGAAGAUCGUCGGCGAGGCUGAUCAGUGCGCGAGUCGUCGACUGCUCUGACAAAGUUUUGGUGUGAGCUGCUAGCAGGCCAGGACACCGAGAGACUCUCCGACAGCGUCGCAUAAAGAGAAAAAUCAGCGCCGUCCUCCUCGACACUUUCGAUUUCCUCCGAGAGCUGCUGCACACUGAGGCCGAGAGAAAACCAUGCGGGAGAUCGUCCACCUCCAGGCCGGUCAAUGCGGCAACCAGAUCGGUGCUAAGUUCUGGGAAGUGAUCUCGGACGAGCACGGGAUCGAUCCGACCGGUGCGUAUCACGGCGACAGUGACCUCCAGCUCGAGCGCAUCAACGUCUACUACAAUGAGGCGACCGGUGGCAAAUACGUGCCGAGGGCGAUCCUGGUCGACCUCGAGCCAGGCACCAUGGACGCCGUGCGCUCCGGGCCCUUCGGCCAGAUUUUCCGACCCGAUAACUUCGUGUUCGGACAAAGCGGCGCUGGCAACAACUGGGCCAAGGGACACUACACCGAGGGCGCCGAGCUCGUCGACUCCGUGCUCGACGUCGUGCGCAAGGAAGCCGAGAGCUGCGAUUGUCUCCAGGGCUUCCAGCUGACGCACUCGUUGGGCGGCGGCACGGGCGCCGGUAUGGGCACUCUGCUGAUCUCGAAGAUCCGCGAAGAGUACCCGGAUCGCAUAAUGAUGACCUUCAGCGUGGUCCCGUCGCCCAAGGUCUCGGACACGGUCGUCGAGCCGUACAACUGCACGCUCUCGGUGCACCAGCUCGUGGAGAACACCGACGAGUCCUACUGCAUCGACAACGAGGCCCUCUAUGACAUCUGCUUCAGGACGCUGAAGCUCACCACGCCGACCUACGGCGACCUGAACCACCUGGUCUGCGCGACCCUCAGCGGAGUUACCACCUGUCUCAGGUUCCCCGGCCAGCUGAACGCCGAUCUGCGGAAGCUCGCCGUCAACAUGGUGCCCUUCCCCAGGCUGCACUUCUUCAUCCCUGGAUUCGCGCCGCUGACGUCGAGAGGCUCACAGCAGUACAGGUCGCUGACGGUCCCUGAGCUGACCCAGCAGAUGUUCGACGCGAAGAACAUGAUGGCGGCCUGCGACCCCCGAAACGGCCGCUACCUCACCGUCGCUGCCGUCUUCCGCGGCCGGAUGUCCAUGAAGGAGGUGGACGAGCAGAUGCUCAACAUCCAGAACAAGAACAGCUCGUACUUCGUCGAGUGGAUUCCGAGCAACGUCAAGACCGCCGUCUGCGACAUUCCGCCGAGAGGACUGAAGAUGUCCGCGACCUUCAUCGGCAACUCCACCGCCAUCCAGGAGCUCUUCAAGAGGGUAUCCGAGCAGUUCACCGCCAUGUUCAGACGGAAGGCCUUCCUCCACUGGUACACCGGCGAAGGUAUGGACGAGAUGGAGUUCACGGAAGCCGAGAGCAACAUGAACGACCUGGUGAGCGAGUACCAGCAGUACCAGGAGGCCACCGCCGAAGAGGAUACCGAAUUCGACGAAGACGAGGGCGAGAACGAGGGAAAUUAAAGUAACGCUCUAGAUUCCAAAGACAGUUUGUAACAGUAGAGAGAAAAAAAAGUUGUGUUUCGUCCUUAAAUUUCCGUCAACCUUUCGUCACCGGUUACUGUUGUCGCUGUCCGUGGUGUUUUUAGUAAGUAGAUCGAGUUUUCAAUCUAAAUAUACAAAGUUUUAUUAAAAAAACAAUAA